UAAUGGUCCAAGUAAAACCUUUUGGCGCCUGGCCUUCCCCUAUCACUGCAGAAUCUCUCGCUUCUGUAUCGCCUGUUGUCGAUGUCUGCGUCGACCAGACCACUGGAUCUGUAUUCUGGUGCCAGGUUAUGUCUGCUGAGCAAGGACGCACUCAAAUCUUCCAGAGACCACUUGACGUCUCGGCACCCCCAAAAGCACUCUUACCUCCGGGAUACAACUGCCGCACACGCGUUCAUGAAUAUGGACAAGGUGCCUUGAAGGUCAAGAAUGGACUCUUGAUUUUUUCCAACGACUCUGACUGCCAGUUGUAUAAGAUUGAUCUUGUCAAUGCUCCAGACUCCAUUGUCGCCAUUACUCCCGAGUCAAAGUCAUUCCGUUACGCUGAUAUGGUCAUCGACGAAAAACUCCGCUAUUUGGUGUGUGUAAGAGAGGAACACUUUGAGAACGAAGAACCCAAGGAUGUCGUGAACACACUCGUUGCCAUAAACCUGGAGGAAAAGGACCUUUCAAAGGCUGUCAAGGUUAUCGAAAAGGGUUCCGACUUUUACUCAACUCCUCGUAUCUCUCCAGAUGGUACUACACUUGCAUAUGUUGACUGGGUCCAUCCCUAUAUGCCCUGGGACUUCACCCGUCUGCACACUGCCAAGAUUUCUUAUAGUGAAGGAGAGAUUUCUUUGUCAUCAACCAAAACAGUGGCUGGUGAAACAGUGGGCGAGAGCAUUGUGCAACCUGAAUUUGGUAUUGACAAUGUUCUAUACUUUGUCUCUGACCGCUCAGGAUUUUGGAAUCUAUAUCGUUAUCAUAAUGAUAGCGUCGAACUUUUGCUACCAGAACCUCUUUCCCAAGAUUUUGCUGAUGCGCCAUGGAGAUUCAACAACUCCUUUUAUACCCCUUUUAGUUCAGAUCCUACCAAGCUCUUGUGCAUCAACAAGAAGAGCCUUGCAGUGCUAAACACAUCCGAAAAGACAUUGACUGACCUGCCUCUCGAAUUCACUCACUUCAAUCAGAUUCGCACCUACAGCGUAGAAUCUCAGGAAUAUGUUGUGGUAAAUGCUGCUUCUCCUAUGCAGCCCAGCCAGCUGAUAUCUUACUCUAUCGUUGAUCAAUUCUUACUCCAUGUUCUGAAAGAAUCAUCUGCGCCUAAGCUUGACGCAGACUACAUCUCGGUUGGAAAAGAAAUCACCUUUUUGACUACCGACAACAAGGAAGCCUACUGUUAUUUCUAUGAGCCCAAGAACCCAGAGUACACUGGCGAAGGGAAGCCUCCACUGAGAGUACUGUCACAUGGUGGUCCAACCGCCUAUUCCCCCAACUCUUAUUCCAGAGAUAUACAGUAUUGGACUACACGUGGUUUUGCCAUUGCGGAUGUAAACUAUGGUGGUAGCUCUGGAUAUGGUAGAGAAUAUCGUAAUCGCCUGAAGAAGCAAUGGGGUGUCGUUGAUGUUGAUGAUUGCUGCAAUGCAGCCCUUUAUCUGGCCAAGGAAGGUUUUGUGGAUCAAGAGAAACUGGCCAUCGUAGGCAGCAGUGCCGGCGGGUUCACGACACUCGCAAGUGUUGCUUUCCGUGAUGUAUUCAAAGCAGGAUGCUGUAUGUACGGCAUCUCUGAUAUCACCUUGUUGGCCAAAGAAACUCAUAAAUUUGAGUCGAGAUAUCCUGAUCAAUUGAUCGGCGAGUAUCCCAAAGAUAAGGCUAUAUACGAAGAGCGCUCUCCACUUUUUUCAGCUGAUAAUAUCAAAUGCCCUGUUAUUUUCUUCCAAGGUUCUGAAGAUAAGGUUGUCCCUCCCUCGCAGUCAGAGGUCAUGGUAGAGGCACUUAAAAAGAAAGGAAUACCUGUCGCUUAUGUUCUUUACCAAGGAGAGACUCACGGUUUCCGUCUUGCAGAGAACAUUAAGCGCACAAAGGAACUUGAACAGUGGUUCUAUGGUCAAAUCUUUGAAUUUCCCGUCACUGGCAUAGAAGGCGUAGAGAUUUAUAACUUCCACAAGUAAAGAAGAAGAAGAUACUAUGUAUUUGUGUUCUAUUAUUCUUGGGUAUCAUUCGAAAGGUCCAAAAACUCUCUUUAUUUUUGUCUGUUUAGCAUAUUUUUAUUUCAACAAUAUAUGUUUUAUUUCUAUAAAUUCUAGCAAGAAAUUCGAUCUUUCCAAUCUUAGGACUCUAUUCGUUGUGAGUUACAAUGAUUAAUAAAUUCUAUUGAAACUGG